AUGGCGAAGGGCAAAAAUCUGAACCCUGCCGAUGCUUUCCGUAAAGCCCAGCGGAAGAAGGAGCUCAAGAAGGCGCAACUUGAGGAAGAGAUAGAGAAGCUCGAUGGCAAGCCAGAUGCAUCUGCUGCCGAAAAGGCACGUCUUGCCGAACUGAAGGAUGAGUUGGAGAAGGUCAAUAAGAAGAAAGAGGACUAUGUUGCUGAACAUCCGGAGCAUCGCAAACUAGUUUUUCGAGCUCGAAGGCAGAAUGCGGAGAAGGAUGAGAAAGAGGAAGGCCCGAGCAACAGUACCAGGAACUUGUUCAAUAAGCACGGCCUUCCUCGACAUCCAGAAAGAAGCAUAUACUACGAUCCUGUACUUAAUCCGUACGGUGUCCCACCUCCAGGGAUGCCUUAUAUUGAAAGACCCUUACGGCCAGACGAGGCGCAGAGUGAAGAUGAGGAAGAAGACGGCGAUAUCGUAAUGCCUGAUGGUCCUCCACCUGGCACUGCAGAGGAAGACAUCAGUGACGACGACAUUCCAAUGCCCGAAGGUCCCCCGCCGCUCAACGGUCAGACCGUGCUAGUCAAUACGGCCCUUCCCGUUCCCCCACUACCUCCACUACCUCCCUUUCAACCUCAUGCUCAAUCGCCACCGCUUCCCCCGGGCUAUCCCGCUCCCCCGCCCCCAGGCUUCCCUCCACCGCCAGGUUAUCCUGCUGGGUUUUUGCCUCCCCCUCCGCUAGGGUUCCCUGCUCCUCCCCCGCCUGCGGGAUUUCCCGCUCCUCCACCUCCUGCGGGAUUUUCUGCUCCUCCACCUCCCGCGGGCUUUCCGGGUUCUUCGAUGCUAUUUCCCCCACCUCCACCAUCCGGUUUCCCUCCAUUCCCUCCGUCUGGACAUAUGUCCCCACCAAUGCCGCCACCUCCACCUGGCUUCUUUCCCCGCCGGUCGCAGUCGGCUUCCUCUAUGCAGGAUCCCUUGUCCUCUGUUCCACACCAGACAUUCCAAGCCCAUCGUGCGUCCCAGAUAGCGGGACAUCCCCCUCCACGACCCCCCACUUCCGGCGGUGUCCUCGUAUCUGCGUCCAAGUCCACUCUGGCGCCGACGUCAACCAUUGAGGCGGCUCCUCAACUGCGCGAUUUCAAAAAGGAGAGCACAGCAUUCGUGCCGACAGCCCUGAAGCGGAAGAAGGCGGGUGCUACAACAGGGGCGAGCUUCAAGGUCAAUGCCGCCCCGACGCUAGGGGCGGAGGCUGAUUCUGCCGAAUCGGAGUUAGCUCCUAUAGCAGCCAGACCUGAUUUGAUGAGCACGCUCAAGGACCAUCUCGGCUCUGCCGUCAGUACUCCACCAGCGCAUAACGUGCAGCCGAACAGCAAGAUACCGUCGAAACAGAAAGAUGACUAUGCGAAGUUCUUAGAUGAGAUGGGCGAUUUCUUAGGCCCCAAUCCCUGACGUAAACACCGUUAACGCAUGCUGGCGGUCCUGGCGGUCCAGAGACGAUUACAAGAGUCUCGAAAGAUUGUACUAUAUCGUACGUCCGCGUGGAAUGCAAACCCAUGGCUGUUCCGGUCACAAAAUGUUGUUGUUGCAUGACGCUAAUGUAUUGCCUCAUUUACCCGAAUCUACUCGAUCAUAAUUAUGCAUGAUGGGGACCUGGGUAGGCGGUAUAUGGUAGGGAU